GCCGAGCCGCAGCAGCCGGAGGCCGGGGCCGGGGAGGAGCAGAGCCGCUGCCCCGCAGGCUGGGGCGGAGCCCUGCAGCAGCCACCGCCAGAUGGAGCCGGCUCACCGUGGGAACAAGGACCAGGGACAGGCCUCAGCCAUGGGGGCCCCGUCUCUAUCUCCACGGGGCUCCAUUACCACCACCUCCCCGGGACCGUUUCCUCCCCUUGUGGCCCCGUUUGGUGCAGAGGGCUCAGUUCGGUUCCAGCUGGAGGGCUCCAGUGGGCCAAUCUCAGCAGCAUAUCCUGGGGGGAACCUCCCCCUGGGGCACAGGGGCUCCAGGCCCGACACCCUCUUUGACCCUUUCCAUCCUGUCUCCCCUCGCUUGCAGCCUGAGGGCUCCCAGCACCUGGGGCCUGGGGAGAGGUCCCCUGGCAGGCACAGCCAGCCCGAGGUGCUGGAGAGCAGCAGAGCCCAGCCCGAUGGCUCAGGCGGGGCCCAGCUGUUCAACCUGCUGUCCCCGGUGGAGUUCCGCCCGCUGUCCCCGGGCGCCGGCAGCCCCUCCUCCCACCCCAGCCCGGCGCCCGCUGGGAAGCUCAGCCAGUCGCCCAGCCGAUCCUCGCUCCCUGAACUCUGCCACCUGGAUCAAGGGCCCUCCAGGAAGAUGCUCCCUGUGGAGCGGAAAGAGGCACUCCCCAAGGCAGAGUCCAGUGACUACAUCUCUGGGGGGAGAAGUGGCUCAUCCUCCAGACCUGUGAGCCUCCCCAAAGUCAUCUCCAGCGAGUUCCUCUCGGGGGGAAGGAUCGGCCCCUCCAAGUGCAUGACCCUGGCCAAGGCUGAGUCCGAGGAGUUCCCCUCAUACGGGAGGAGCAGCCCUUCCCUCGCCCUGCCUGGUUGCAUGGACCCCCCCGAGACUUCCCUGAGCUGGCUGGGCAAGGCCAAGGAGAAUGGCGCAUUCCGGAUCACCGUGGUCACGUGGAACGUUGGCACAGCCAUGCCCCCGAGCGACGUGACGUCCCUGCUGCACCUCAACACAGGCGACACAAACGACACCGACAUGAUCGCCAUUGGGCUGCAGGAGGUGAACUCCAUGAUCAACAAGCGCCUGAAGGACGCCCUCUUCACGGACCAGUGGAGUGAGCUCUUCAUGGACGUGCUGAGUCCCUUCAACUUUGUAUUGGUGAGCACGGUGCGGAUGCAGGGUGUGAUCCUGUUGGUGUUUGCCAAGUACUAUCACCUCCCCUUCCUGCAGGACAUCCAGACGGACUGCACCAGGACUGGGCUGGGCGGCUACUGGGGCAACAAGGGUGGGGUCAGCGUGCGGCUCUCCAUCUUCGGCCACAUGGUCUGUUUCCUGAACUGCCACCUGCCAGCUCACCUGGAGAAGGCCGAGCAGCGCAAGGAGGAUUUCACCACCAUCCUUAACAUGCAGCAGUUCGAGGGGCAUGCAGCCAGCGGUAUCCUGGACCAUGACAUCGUCUUCUGGUUUGGGGACCUCAACUUCCGCAUCGAGAGCCUGGACAUCCGCUUUGUGAAAUACGCCAUUGACAACAGCAUCCUGAGCCAGCUGUGGGAGAAGGACCAGCUGAACAUCGCCAAGGGCACCUGGCCCAUCCUGAGCGGCUUCCAGGAGGGGCCCCUCAACUUCCCGCCCACUUUCAAGUUCGAUGUGGGGACCAACCAGUAUGACACCAGUGCUAAGAAGCGGAAACCAGCCUGGACCGACCGCAUCCUCUGGAAGAUCAAGUCCUGCGGUGCCCCACACAACCCCGGCGGCCGGAGGCCCAGCAGAACCAGCCUGGCUGUGACCCAGCUCUGCUACUGCAGCCACAUGGAGUACGUGGUGAGUGACCACAAGCCUGUGGCCGCCAUCUUCGCCGUGCAGUUUUCCUCCAAGACCGACAAGCCCUUGGUUGAGAUUCAAGUGUCCGACGAGUGGUCCAGACCUGAACAAGCCAUUGUCCGAUACAAGAUGGCCACCAUCUUCCACAGGAGCUCCUGGGACUGGAUAGGUCUCUACCGGGUGGGCUUCAGGCACCACAAGGACUACGUGGCGUAUGUGUGGGCCAAACACGAGGACCCAGAGGGCAGCGUGUACCAGGUGGUGUUUUCGGAGGAGGCGCUACCCAAAGGGAAGGGUGAAUACAUUCUCGGUUACUACGGCAACAACUAUAGCAGCAUCACUGGGGUGACAGAACCCUUCCAGAUCUCACUGCCCACAUCGGAGGAGGGCAGCAGCCAGACGGACAGCUCGAGUGCCAGCUCCGAGGAGGAGGACAACAGCACCCUGGUCCUGCUGGCACCCAAGUCCCGCAGCCCCAGUCCCGGCCAGAUGAAGAGCCACCGGAGCCGCAGCCCCACCCUCCCCAAGUUCCAGGGGCUCAUCCUGAGGCCGACGAGCCGCGAGCGGGGGGCCAGCCGCAGCCCGUCCCCGCAGAGCCGGCGGCCUGUGAAGGGUGACAUCCCCAGCAUCCAACUGCCAAAGGAGGAGCCGCCGUGGCACAAUGCCAAGAGCAAGGAGCCAGUGCGGGCUGCCGAGAGCCAGGAGAGCAGCCAUGCCCCCGGCUACAGGACUGCAGGGGAGCCCUGCAGCACCUGGUGCCUCUCUGACGACAACCCCCUGGCCAGGGCCAACCCCAGGAACCUCGGCCUGCUGCCCGCGCUCCGCCUGGAGACUGUCGACCAGGCCAUGGGCCCAAGGAGGGCGAGCGCAGACCAGGGCUACCCUGCCAGGAGGAUGAGCCCCACCAGCCCCACCGCCGGGGCUGCCAACCUGUUCAGCACCUCGCCCAAAGAGGGGAGCGGCUCCAGGGACAGCCAGGACCCCCCGCCCACUGCAGCCACCACUGGAGCCACGCAGGGCCGAGCAGCUGGCACCGUGCCAUGACUACUGAGCCUGGCCUCUGCGCGCCCACGUGCAACGAUCCUUGUGUAGAGCUUGCCGUGUGCUUCCUCGUGUGCCGCCUCUCCUGCCCGCACUGGGCCACCCCAGGUGCGCUGUGAUCCGUCCCUGCUGGUCUGACGUAGGCAACAGCCGUUCACGAGCCACACGCCCUGCCCGGGGCUGCCCGGGCAUCGGCCACUGCACGGACGCUGCGCUCCUCACGGAUGCUCACCCAAGCCAUCUGCCCACCGGGCCCCGUAGUGGGAGCGCAGUGACGCCUUGGCGGGGCUGCAGUGCCCAUUCCUCCGCGUUAGCUGUUCCAGCCGUGAAACCCUCUCUCCCAGGCUGUGUGCCUGAGCCCCAGCUCCGAUUCCAUCAGCUCAGAGAUGGGGCCUUGGGCUGUGCUCUCCGGGCAGCCUGCCGCAUGGACUCCAUAGGGCAUGAGCAGGGUCAGGGAGUUGGGACACGGGGCAUGGCAGGGCCCCUGGCAGCAGUCAGUG